AUGACAAAAAGCCUGGCUGCCCAGGAGCAGAGCGCCAAAGGGAACUACUCAGUGCGUGAAGGUCCAGGUCUCGCUGCCAAUCGCUUCAGAGGAGGGGGAAUCUCUGUCUGCUUUUCCAAGACACGUCCACCAGCAGCCAGACACAGAACAAACCCUCUCCUUGUGCCAGAGGGGACUGUGGGCCCCAUCCCGGGGGGCAUGCCACCAGGCACCACCGCUGCUCCACAACCCCUGGGGCUGCCGGGCAGCGUGGAUAUCAACAUCUCCCUGGAGGGAGUGAACAUUAUCUGUCCCAACAUUGAGUACCUGCACAACCCCAUGCUGGAUGCCCCUGCAUCUCCAGCUGCUUCAGCUCCAUGGUCCCCGCCAUCUGCUGAUGAAGCACCACUCCACGUCCCUGGCUGGCCCCACGCCUGGGUCGAGUCCUGCCAUCCCAUCACACAACACAACAGCAGCUUCUGGCAGCAGCGCAUCCACUGCGAGCACAAACUCUUCGGCUCCAAACGGUCAGCUUUCCAUCAGGGACGAUGCCCGUGUUUGUGA